AUGACUUUUGUUAUGGAACCGGCUGACAAAAAAAUUGAAUCUCACCACUAGAAUAAUUGUGCCUGAACAUGGGUCAAAUAUGAUUCGAUGAAGAACUUUUGAUGUAAAAAAAAACACUUUUACAAAUAUAAUAAAUGAUGUUUGAACCGCCUUUUUCACAACUAGGUGAUAUAGCUUUUCAAUAUGAUACAUAAAUGCUAUAUUAUAUCUUGAACUUGAAGUUCUUUAGAGUAACUUGGAUUAAAUCACUAUACUGACCUGAUGGGAGUUAUGGAUAUGGAAGUUUCUGUCAUCGGUAAAGCUUUCACUCCUGUGCCACAUCAUGAAAUGGCACAAUUUGAUCUUGACAGCAAGCAACAGCACAAACAGCCAACAUGUUUAUCAUUUCAAAGAUGCCAUAGUGAUAAUAAACUACCUUUAAAACUUUGUCUGGAACCUAGAUUAAGAAAUCGAGAAUCCUGGAUUUCUGCUUCUUACAAUGACAAAUCUUGUUUUGAUUUGGGUCCUACUUUUCGUAGCUUGACUUUAGCUGAAACUUACAAUUUUGCGAGGCCACAGUUAACAUCUAAUCCUGCUCCAAGGUCAAGGCAAACAAGAAAUUUCAGAAGUCCUGUUUUAGCAUAUACAAAGACAAUUAAUUCCAAUGUUUCAGAUAAUCAAGCUUUUGGAAAUGCAGAUAUACCACUAAUCGAAUCCACUAGAUCAGCGGCGCCACUUAUUUCAUGCAGAACUAAGGAAACUGAAGCUCAGCAUAAGAAAAGUAAUUUGAAAAGUAUGCAAAAUAAAAAGGAGGAUAUGUUGAUGCAAUCUCUUAAUCGGCGUUAUUCAAGAUCAGUUUGUGGGUUUAGAAAACAGAGAAAAAAAUCUGGUUUUAAAAGGAAGACUGACAAUGAAACUAAUAAAGCGUCUAAAAAUAAAAGUGAUUGUCUACCUGCCAAAAUGGCAAUACCACUUCUUCCACCAAAGACACAACAAAGUUCAUUCAGUAUGCUCAGAAACAUAUAUGACAAAGACAGAAGAGAAAAUAGGAUAUCUGAGCAUGAAUAUUCAAAGCGGAACCACGAUUCAAACACUUCCAGUGAUAAAAGGAUGAGUCUCGUUUCACAAAGUCUUUCCAGAAGAAGCCAAGAUUCAAGUUUAACAAAAAGUGAUUCACUGCUAUUUUCACUAGAUUCAGAAUUGAGCAGAAAAUCGAAACGUCAACUGUCCAUGAGAAUUCAGCUCAUACAUCGAUAUGGGGAUGAAGACGUCAUUACGAAGCAUAUGGAAAUGAAAAAGAAGCAAGAAAAUGCGGAUAAACAUGAGAGAAAAAUUUUAGCAAUGAAGGCGAAUGAGAGAUUAAAAGAACAACAGAGGUCAAAGAUAUACGCAUUGAAUACUCUAAUGACCAAACUCGAGCAGGAGCAAUUUCAAGAAUACAAACAAAGCUCAUAACUGAUUAUUUGCAGAUAUACCAUUAUAUUUAAUUUUGUCAUCAACUGCCCAUGAUGGCCAAAUUUGCUGUUGUGUUUUCUUCGCAGAAAUUAGUAGUAGGUACAAGCUUUAUUUUUAACUUAUCAAGAUCCAAAAUCGCAAAGAUGACAUGCUUGGGCAGCUUAGGCCAUCGCCAUGCUGUUAACUCUAGGUCUAGACGUUGUGGAAAUGCGUUUACGAUAUAAGUGUAGAAUUAGACCAAUGAGCAUUAUUUUUCAAUCAGUUGCAUUUUCGAAAAUAAGUUCCGAAUGAAUUUCA